AUGACAAGCACCUCCUCUCCCGACGGGAUUACUCCCCGCACCUCCAGCCCAACACUAUCAGACACAGCUGCCCCCCAAAGCGAACCAGCAACCACCUCAGCUACUGCAACCGCUCCAGCCUACUCUCCCAUCUACGCCACCGCCCAACCCAGCGACACGCCCUCAAUGCCUAUACAAACCGCCGCACCGACCGACCCAUCCACCCUCCCUCCUCCCACAAGCACAACCACAACCACCUCCGCAACAGCAGCCAUCCCCGACCCUCCACCCACCGCAACCGCAACCGCAGCCUCAUCACCACCACCACCCCAACCCGGCGCCAUCCCAGUCCCAGUCCCCCAACCCACCACAACCACCAACACCUCACCAUCAUCAUCAUUCACCCACCGCCACCGCAACCGCCCCGCAGCCGCAACCAUCACCCCAGCCCCAGCCCCAGCCCCAGCCCCAAGACCCUCAUCCUACAGCUACAACCCCAAUCCCACCUCCACCUCCACCUCCACCUCCAACCCCAACUCCAGCUACAGCCACAACUACAAUUACACCCCCGCCAACGCCCAAACAACCCAACCCACCCCAAACGCAACGACAACCCCGUACGCCUCCCUCUACCAGCCUCCCACGGCCGCAACAGCCACAAUGGCCAGCAGCUCCUCGGCGCUCCCUCUACAUUACGAGCCCGGGCCCGAGGGACGGGUUGAUCUAGGUGAGGGGGAUGGGUUCGUGGCGGGCGCGAUGGGGUGGUUGCGCACUGCGGGGAGGAAGCUCGGCGAGGUGGAGGCCGAGGUGUGGAGGAGGAUUAAUGAGGUUCAUGAUGAUUGA